AUGUCGGGGGCUACAGUCUGGAAGGACAAGUGUCAACUGAAGCAGGACCCGGAGAGGAAUGAGGAAAGGCCGGCAGAAACUAACGCCAAAGUGGACGACUCGGCGCCCCCGUCGGUAGCCCAGCUGGCCGGGCGGUUUAGGGAGCAGGCAGCCGCUGCAAAGGAGACACCAGCCACUAAACCAACAAGAAGGAAACCGCCCUGCUCCCUCUCUCUGUUCCCCCCCAAGGUAGAGCUGGGCCAGAAUGGUGAGGAGAAGUCACCGCCCAAUGCAAACCACCCUCCUAAAAUCAAGGUGAAGAGCUCGCCUCUGAUCGAGAAGCUUCAGGCCAAUUUAGCCUUUGAUCCAGCAGCCCUGCUGCCUGGGGCCUCACCCAAGAGUCCCGGACUCAAGGCCAUGGUGUCGCCAUUUCACAGCCCGCCCUCUACCCCCAGCAGCCCUGGCGUGCGGUCUCGGGCCAGCGAGCCAGAGGAGGUGCCCGUCAGCUUUGACCAGCCUCCUGAAGGCAGUCACCUGCCCUGUUACAAUAAGGUGCGGACAAGGGGCUCGAUCAAAAGGCGCCCUCCCUCCAGGCGAUUCCGAAGGUCCCAGUCGGACUGCGGGGACCUGGGGGACUUCAGGGCCGUGGAGUUCUCCCAGGAGAAUGGUGCCAAGGAAGAGAACGGGGGUGAGGUGUUCCCACCCAAGAGCCAGGCCCCAGGGUCCCCUCCUCUGAGGAGGACGUCCAACAGGACAGAGAAGCAGGAGGAGACGGGCACGGCCACGGAGGAAGGCCCCCAGCGCGAGGAGGCCGUGGGCAACUCCGAAGAGGGGGCCGGUCAGCGUCCAGCCCUGGCCUCCGGCCCAGAGGCCGAGAACGGGUGUGGGAGCCCCACGGAGGAGAAACCGGCGGGAGAGCAGACGGAGGGGCCUACGGAGGUGCAGGAGAGGGCGGCCAGCAAAGAGGAUGAACCCGGACAAAGGAGCCAAGACAUAAAGGGGCCGGAGGAGGCAGCUGUGGGAGAGGAGACCCCUCAAAGUCCUCCCAGAGGAGUGGAGGGCGGCCACAGCCCCGAACAGGGGGAAGGCAAGGAAGAGCAAGACGAGGGGACCCUUCCCGAGGCCGGCUGUGACGCCGGCACCAGCCAUGCCCAGCCACACACCAGCAGUGAGGUCCCCGAGACAGAGGAUAAAACCUCUGUCCAGGACACUAAAAUGUGAAGAGGAGCUGACUGUGCUUGUGAGGAAGCUGCUGGAGCCGUCUCUUUGGAAGUAGCAGCAGCGACAGUAGCGGCAGCCAGGGAAGCCACGGCAGAAGCGGGAUGUGCUGAGGGCAGGAGUCAGCCUGAAGACACAGGAUGCCGUUUCCCCCACACUCCGUCGCCGUCGGAGAUUGGAUCUGAGGGCAGCAGACUUUUAUCAGCUUGAGUUUAUGUCACUUGAUGGACUUGGUUAAAUUUUUUUUAGUUAAAACAAUCUACUGUGGUGACAAUUCCCCAGGGAUACUGGUCAACUUGUGGGGCUGGCUGCUCUCCAGACCCACCUUAGGACUGGUCUAGGAUUUAGACAAUCAGAUCUGGUUUGUAUAAAGUGAGCGCCUUUUGACUAAAGUUUUCACUGUUCUCAAAUAUAAGUCAAAACUCAUUUCAGGUGGCUAGAAACAAAAGAUAAUCACUGGAAAUAGAAAUCCUAAAAGUUACCAAAGACUGCAAAUUGUAUGGAGACCCCAAGACGACCUUUCAGCUGGGUCCAAAUUUGAACUGGCCUGCCAAUUUUGAAAACACUGGACUAGAAGAGAAAAUCAUUGAAACAUUGAAAAACAAAAUGUGUCAGGUCCAGCACCAGGGGCUCUCCCACCCGGUAAUUCUCUGGUUGAUGAUACACUGGGAGGAGACCAGCUCAGCUCACCUGCUUCUGCCGGGGGUGGGGGUGGGGGGAGGCAGAGGCAGGGAGCAACCCCUUUGGAGAGGCAGAACAUCCAGAAGUUUCACACUGCAUUUCCUCAUCCUGAAAGCAGAGAGGUGAUACCUGAACAAUGGCUGCCCUCUGAUUUAUUCUGGGAGGUUGAAGUUUGCACUUCCAGAAGGGCACCCUUGAGCACGGAUUGGAUGUCUCCUGGGAGGUGCUUUGAGCUUCGUGAUGUGCAGGCUCCCUAAUGAGAGUGUCCUUCCUGGUUUCCUGGGAAGCUCUUGAAUAGAAGCCAGGCUCUCCUUCCGACUCAGGUUGGGUCUUCUGUCUGUUCUCGCUGGGUCGCUGCUGCUUUAAUGUGCAGUUUGGAGAGCAGGGAGGCUUCCCCAGAAACAGAGAGCCUGACUGCCCCUUCCUCGACAUACCACAUAUUGUCUCCCCUUUUCAAAGGCUCCUGCUGAAAGAUGCUAAUCUGCAUAAAUGUUUAAUCUUUAGGGUUGGUCCUUAUUCAGAUCUGAGUAUUUUAGUGUCUCCACAUGCUGAUUUGGUCGUUGGAGCAGUCGCUUUUCCUAGCGGUCUUUUGGACCACACUUAACUCUGAUUUCAGAAAGCACUGUCCCAGACUAAAAGGCCUUAUCUCACCGCUGGUACCUCAGUUUAUCAUCCCAUUUACAGUUUUCCUAAUUCCAGGGUAGUGUUAAUAUUUGGGAUAUAUAUUUUUCAAAAACUAUUUUUAAAUCUAAUGCAGCUUCUACGACUUGUAAUUGAGUGAAGACUUAUACUAUAAUAAGCCUUGUAUUUUAGCAGAGUUUGGGAGAUAUGUGUGUCAAUUAUUUUGAGAUUGAUCAUCUAUCCAUCUGUCGUCCAUCUGUGUACUGACGGAGCUGUAUACCCCCUAAACAAUACGUGGAUUUAUUUA